AUGGCUGCGGAUGGGGCGUGUUAUUUCUGUGGCCAACCGGAGUCGAUGUUGCACGUUCUGCGUGAUUGCUCCCACGCCCGGCAGAUUUGGGAUUUAUUAGUUCCCACUCAACAGCAUGGUGAAUUUUUCUCGCAGGAGUUAUGUGGUUGGCUAUGGUCCAACCUGUUGGGGUCCCCGUUAGACGACCUGGAGGAAUGGACAACCACUUUCUCUAUCGCUUGUUGGCGAAUUUGGGCUUGGAGGAAUAAGAUGGUCUUCACGAACAAGGUUGUUCCCCUCGAGGCUAAGAUCCGGGAUAUUCGAAGCCGGGUGCAGCGGUACCGCGAGGCUGCGGCUUGCGAGGGAGUGUUGGGUGUGCGGGACCGUCAUUACGAAUCCAUCAUGGAUUUUUCAAUCCUAAUGGUGAAAAGAUGUGUGUCCUCCUGA